CUAUGUUUGAUUGUUCAAACUUAGCUACUUAGAAGCUUAACCUAUAAACAUGAUAUUCUUUCUGUUCAGAACUCAAGUUUUCUUAAUAUUAGUAAUAUGUUUGUUAUUUCUCCCAAUUUAUGGUAGGCUUUCAAUGUCCCUUGUCUCAUUCUCUCCUUCUCCAUCACCUGAGGGAACUGGUGAAAUUGUCGAAAGAUCUCUUGUUUUCGAUGUAAGAUCUUUUGGUGCAGUUGGGGAUGGUGUCUCUGAUGAUACACAAGCAUUUCAGUUGGCUUGGGACACAGCAUGUCGAGCCGAAGAAUCGCGAAUUCUCCUUGUUCCCAAGGGUAAUGUCUUCAUGAUACAAUCUACUAUAUUCACAGGGCCUUGUGUAUCUGGCCUUACUUUUAAGGUUGAAGGUACUAUUAUGCCACCCGAUGGACCUGAUUCAUGGCCGAAGAAUAAAAGCAAGAAACAAUGGCUGGUUUUCUAUAGAAUCAAUGGAUUGACAAUGAAGGGAGGUGGUCUUAUUGAUGGCAGGGGAGAGAAAUGGUGGAACCUCCCUUGCAAGCCUCACAAAGGUAUUAAUGGAACAACACUACCAGGUCCAUGUGAUAGUCCUGUGGCCAUAAGGUUCUUUAUGAGUUCUAAUUUGAGAAUAGAAGGACUAAAAAUUAAGAACAGUCCAAAAUUCCAUUUCAGAUUUGAAGAUUGCCAAAAUGUACAUAUUGAAAAGCUUAUCAUAAGAUCACCUGCUCUGAGCCCCAACACUGAUGGGAUUCACAUUGAGAACACAAACAAUGUUAGGAUUUACAAUUCACUCAUUUCCAAUGGUGAUGACUGUGUGUCCAUUGGAGCCGGUUGUUACAAUGUGGACAUCAAGAAUAUCAAGUGUGGUCCAAGUCAUGGAAUUAGCAUUGGGAGCCUAGGGAACUACAACUCGCGAGCUUGUGUGUGGAACAUCACAGUGAGUGAGUCAGUUAUUAAGAACUCUGAUAAUGGUGUUCGGAUCAAAACAUGGCAAGGUGGAAGAGGUUCAGUGUCAAUGGUAACCUUCGAGAGCAUGCACAUGGACAAUGUCCGCAACCCAAUCAUCAUAGACCAAUACUAUUGCCCCUUAAAGAACUGCAUCAACCAAACCUCUGCGGUUUCAGUGUCCAAUGUGUCAUACUCAAACAUAAGAGGCACUUACGAUUUCAGAAGCUUCCCUAUGCGCUUUGCAUGCAGUGAUUCUGUUCCAUGCACAGAUAUUAUGCUUUCUCAAGUGGAAUUGUUUCCUUCACAACAAGGCCAUAUUUUGACCAACCCCUUUUGCUGGAAUGUUUAUGGCACUGUGAGCACACUGACAACACCACCACUUUUAUGCCUUCAAGCGGGACCUCCAUUAAUGCUGCCUCAACAUGAUGUUGUGCCGUGUUAUUAGACUUAUACUUUAAUUAAUCUUGAGACCAAAAAGUUGAAUACUUGAAUGUUCCAAUUACCCACUUUCAUUCCCUUAUCUAAAACGUUUUGAACUAUUAAA